UAUCAUUCUGAAUAAAUAUCUCAAGAUCUGCAUCCAGAUGUCUUCCUUUCCCAUGUAAAUAUAGAAAAUAAUAAAAGGGUUCUUGGGUGUUUGGAAAAACUUUUGUCCAUUGAUGACACAAGAAAAAGGAACAGCUUUCAUCCAAUUAAUUGUCCUCUGUUUUGGGUACAAAAGUUGAUCGUUAAAGGAAAAUAACAGCUAAUCUAGCUGUAAACACAGCCUUCCACCACCAAAAUCGGCACAAACACUUUCCUUGUUUGCUAAUAAAGCUUUAAAGUGAGUUGCUGUCUCUAUUCCAUCAAUCCUCUGCCUAUUUAUUUCCACCCCAUAAUUAAGCCUCAGGUGGGUUUUUGGCUUAAGAGCUUUUCUUGGAUCUGUCUUCUUUCUUUCACGCUAAACCCUUUACUGCAAUCAUCAUAUCUUCACCGUGGAGUGAGCCUGAGAUCAGGAAGCGGCCGUUGCAUAGGGCUAAAACUUGAAACUUGAUUGACUAAAAAGACAAGGAGACAGAUUUCACUAGUCUUUUGAGUGAUCAAUGGUGUCCCCUGGAUUUUUUCUUAUCUGUACGCUCCAUUCUUUGGUGGCCUUAACAUGUGGAGCCAUGAUGAUGUUCUAUAGGGAUGAGGUGUUUGUGUUUAGCCAUGGUAAGGACCAUGCUAGCAAGCUUUUGGGCUCAACACCCCAUGAUCAGCUGUUAAUUCGGACGUCCGAUUCGUUCUCGGGCUUGCUUUUGUUUGCCAUUGGGUUUUUCUUGUUCAUGGUGGCAUUUGUGAGGGACAGGGAGUUUCAUAGCUUUUUUGCUAGAGGGUGUGUGCUUCUCCAUGUUGCAAUGGCCAUUUGGAGAGUUUACUUUGAGAGGAAAGUUGAAGAUCUUGGGUAUGAUUGGGUGAGGCUGGUUGUUGGGGACAUUGUUUUAGGACUUUCUUGGGUUUUCUUUCUUGUUUAUUCGUGGAGGGAAAAGUAUGAUUAAGGUUGGUCGAAGCCACAAUGAUGUUUCGAUUGAAAAUACUUGUUUGCACUGUAUGAAACUAGGAAUUUCAAGGCCAAGAAAGUGUUGCUGAUAUUGAUUAUAACCUUUUCAAGCUAGAUCUACAAUAGUUUUUGUCAGACUCGAUAAAGGAUGGUGAGAUUUGAGGAGAAAUCUGGUUCAUCACACUGGUCAGAUACGGAUUUCCCAGGAACUGGACGUGCUUCAGCAAGAAAGCUAGAAAUUCUGUCGUUAGAGCUGCAAUUAACUAGAAAUGUGAUUAGCUUGUCGAUAAUUUUUUCUUCCUCUUAUGCUCUACAUUAUUCCUUGUCCAUUUCCUAAUAGAUAGCCUUUGCUGUAAAUUUUCUUAUGAGACAAUGAUUUGUGUUAUCUAUGUUUCAUUCUUAAUGUCUUAAAUAGUUGCCGUACAUGCUUAUGCUUUCACUUGUCUGGCCACUUAUAGAGUGUUGAAGCACAUUCGUCCGAAAUCUGAUACAAAGAAAGAUUUCUGAAUAUCUGUUCAUGACACUGCAAUUAGACUUGCUAUAUCUACUCAUGCUUAUA